AUGGCAGCGGGCUCGGCUUCUCCGAUAGACAUCCGACAAGACUCACAGUCGCCGCGCAACCAGCAAGCGAACGCGCCACCCCAAUCCAGACAUCCCAAGAUCGACAUCCACCACGCAAGGGACGAUAUGGAAGCCGUUAAUCCCACCGAAUCGCAGUAUCGCGGCAGGCAAGAGUCUGUAGGCAUGCUCGGCACCACGCCCUACGGCGCGCGGUCUAUACCGGUCAGAGAUGGCUACCGACGAGAAAGCAACGCACUCUCGGGGAGCCUUAUGAACGGCAUGAGCUGGGGCGGCAUCUCUGUAGGAAGCUAUAUCCGAGACGACAUACUGAUGACCGGCACCUCGCCCUAUCAGUUCCAAUCACCAUCAUUCCAUUCAUCGUCGUAUUUGCCAAAGAUGGAAGCGAACUACAUGAAGGAUUACGUUUGUUGCGAUAUCCAUCUCGAUUCAAUGCAUGAGCUUCUCCAGCAUUACGAGGAGUCGCAUGCUCAACAACCGACUCAGACGAUGGGUAGAACGCCCAAAGAUCAACAGUAUCCGAGCACGCGCGCCGCAAAUGCAACCAGCGCCGCACAGGCUGUCCAGCAGCAAGCUCAAGCUAACCCGCCUUCUUUGCCACCUCAAACACAGCCCCAGCAUAGUGAGCAGAACCCGAACUUCCAGACGUCGCCACUUUUCAGCGGUCAGUCAUCCGAUCAAAUCGAGUUUGAUAACCUUGACAGCAUGGACAUUGGAAACAGCAUGACACCGACUCAGGAUAUCAACUUCCAGCCUCAACCCCAAUUUGGCCGGCAACAGCCCAGAGGACCAUCCGUCAACGUCAAUAUCGCCAAUGCUUUCCAAGGCCAGGGCCUGCAGACACCUACGACGCCACGGCCUGGCCAACAAGGGAUGGGUCUGCCGCAUAAUCCAACAGUUUCUUCGGUAAACACGCCUACUUUAAGCACGCAGACCGCGUCUCAACAGACCGCCACGCCUGACUCUAGUAUGCCAGGCACGCCUGCCGAGCCUGCGGAUCUCGAUUACACAUCUUUCGGAAACUUGAACCUGAGCAACUAUGACUACAAUCAGCUCCUGCAAAACUCCAACAUAGACUUCAGCACUUUAGGCAGUUUCAAUACUGGUGGGUCUGGCACGAUCGAUGAUCCUGCGAAGCGUCUGCUAAGCAAACAAGGCUACGGAAACAAAGGCAUCCCGAACUCGGUCCUGUUGAACAGCAGCAACAGCGAACUUGCGAAGCGACUGCGCGAAAGUCAGCUGCUGAACGGUCUAGCCGGCGUCGGUGGUUUUGUUGGCGAAGAGAUCAAGCCCUUCAAGUGUCCCGUCAUUGGCUGCGAGAAGGCCUACAAGAACCAGAAUGGCUUGAAGUAUCACAAGCAGCACGGUCACCAGAACCAGCAGCUCAAGGAGAACCCGGACGGCACAUUCUCCAUCGUGGAUCCAACGACUAGUAUUCCGUAUCCAGGAACGGUCGGAAUGGAGAAGGAGAAACCCUACCGCUGCGAGGUUUGCGGCAAGCGUUACAAGAACUUGAACGGCCUCAAGUACCACCGACAACACAGUCCGCCAUGCAAUCCCGAAUUGAAGCUGAACGCAACCAAUCUCCAAGGCCUAGCCAAUAAUCAAGGCAUGGGAGUUAACGUCGCUGGAGCUGGACUGGUAAACAUGACUGAGUCUAUGGGCGGCUAUUGA